GAUGAAGCUUAUAAAAUAGCUUGGGAGAAGCCAGUCACCAAGACAGGCAUCUCAAAUUGGAUGACUUUGCAUGUGGAAACUGCCUUCAUCUUAAAAAAAAGGUUCCCUCCACAGCCACCCAGCCUCAAGAUGGUGACGAUGCUGUUGCUGCUUUCUGCGCUGGCCGGCCUCUUCGGGGCAGCAGAGGGACAAGCAUUCCAUCUUGGGAAGUGCCCGACUCCUCCCGUGCAGGAGAAUUUUGACGUGAAUAAGUAUCUUGGAAGAUGGUAUGAAAUUGAGAAGAUCCCCGUGAGCUUUGAGAAAGGAAACUGCAUCCAAGCCGACUACUCGCUAAUGGAAAAUGGAAACAUCAAAGUGAUAAACAAGGAGAUGAGAGCUGAUGGAACCGUGAAUCAAAUUGAAGGUGAAGCCACCCAGGAUAACCUCACAGAGCCUGCCAAGUUGGCAGUUAAGUUUUUCUGGUUGAUGCCGUCAGCCCCGUACUGGGUCCUGGCCACCGACUAUGAUAACUAUGCCCUUGUGUACUCCUGUACUACGAUCGUCUGGCUUUUUCACUUGGAUUAUGUUUGGAUCUUGGGAAGAAACCCUUAUCUCCCUCCAGAAACAGUGACCUAUCUAAAAGAUAUCCUGACUUCCAAUAACAUCGAUGUGGAGAAAAUGACGGUCACAGAUCAGGUGAACUGCCCCAAGUCCCGUUAACAAGGCUCUAAAGGGAGGCUGCAUCCAGUCCAUGUCACUUUGCUUUGCUUUCCCCCCACCCCCACCCCACCCCACCCCAUCCCACUCUUCAUAAAGACAAACGAACCUGCCAUGACAAACCGUUGCAAAUACCAGAAGGGAAGUUUGACGGCAGAAGCCAAUGGAGGGAACUCAAGGAAAGUUGGCCCAAACAUGCCCCACCCCGCUACCUUGCCAGCCUAAAAAUAAACUUGUUUCUGACCUGCUCACAGUAAAU